GCAUGGUUACACGAAAUAUUGACUUCUCUAUAAAAAUUGUUUCAAAUCACUUUACUUUCACACUUUUUAUUUUACUCCCGGGAAACAUAAACACAUAAAAUGGCGCCUGUAAAUAUUAAAUACAUCGUUUCAUUUUCUUCUCAGGAUGACAAUCACAAAGCUAACAAUCUCAUGGACAGUGAUGGGACCAAAUGUUGGCUGUCUCACCCAAAAGAUAGGAGUGGAAAACUGGAAGUCAUCCUACAGUUAGAUAGAGCGUCUCAACUUGCUUACGUUGACAUUGGUACUCAGUGGUGCGCCAGUCUUGAAAUAAGAGUAGGAUGCUCUGACUGGCCUCAGUCUAUGGAAUACAAACCUUUGGUGCCAAGCAUCAACUUGAUGUCACCAAUGGAUUGUUUACUCAACAGAGCAACAAGCUGCACUAAGAUGUUUACUAAAGCUGAUUUUUCCAAAGAAAUUAUUUGUCAAAAAUGGGACAGACUGCAGUUGAUAUGUCGGCAGCCAUUUAGAAAAGACAUGCAGUUUGGAGUGUCUUUUGUGCGUAUUAAGAGUAUAGAUCUGCCAGAGGAGGAACCAUGUACCAAUGACAAGGGUUCUGAUGUACAACCUGAGGUUAAAAAAACUCAUGAUAUUGACAGUAUCUUCAAAAAACUUUGUGGGAACAAAGAAAGUUCUGGUUCUGACAUGGAUAGUCCAAAUCCCAAAGAGAUGCUUAAACAACGCUUGAUGAAGAUAUCAGGAAGUUCUGAAAACGGUAGCGACCAUGAACAUGCCCUGUCCCGCACGGCCAAACUUGUCUUGAAGGCCACAGAGAGUAGCCCUAAGCAUCCAUUAGCUUUGGCCCAACCUAAUAAGGGACUUUUUUCAGCACAUCUGGCAAAGAAAAAUGAAGUGCCAUUUGAAACUGAUGUCAGCAGUUUUCUUUCCACCUUAAGAAUUUCACAUCAAGAUUUAGACACAGUAACUAUUGCAGAUCUUCGGCAUAAAUUUGAAAAAAGGAAGCGCAGAAAACUGACUACAGAAGAAAAGAAAAUUUUUUCAGCAAUGUUCCAAAAUUUUAUUUGCGAUUUAUUUGAGCCCCAAGAGAAUGCAGCAAAUGAAUCAAAGCCUCCAGUGUUGGAUGACCCUGGUCACAGCCCUCGUUGUAAACAAAACUUUCAAACACUGAGAAAGAAUGUUGCUAGUCCAUCAACUCAGAGAUUAAAACAAUCCAGUGCUUCUCAUGGCAGUGAGAAUGAACUCAAGGAUUCCCACAAGACCCCACCAAAUAAUAAAAGGUUACGCUGCGUUGAAAAAUAUAAUGAUUCGUUUUCAAGCUCUACAAAGAAAAGGCGGUCAGGUGAUGCAGAUAUAAAUGAGGUUAUUUCAGGCGACGAUGAGGGUGUUGUUGAUACAUCUUCUGGUAAAUCAUUAGAUAUUAACAAGAGUAAGUUUAAAAAAAUAGUCAAGCAUAAAAAUGAGUUAUAUAAAUCUAACCCUUCAUUUUGUGAUGUAGAAGAAGAUGUAAAUUUCAACCUGAAUUUUAACAAUUCAUUGUUUGAAGACGACCUGGAUAAAAGCUGUGAUCGAACUAUUGAGACUGUAUAUUUAAGCUCUAGUGAUAAUGAUAAUGAUCAACCAGCACAUGUUGAAGACACAACUGUGAAGCAACAUCGUAAGCGUUCCAACAAAUGUGUUAAAAUGCCCCCUGUUUCCGGCAAGAUGAGAAACAGUAGAGGGAAGACAAAAUCUAAUGAUGUUAAGGAUGGUUCCACCAAUGUAUCUACAGACAAUAUACACAAGCCGUUUGGCAAAACCUUCAAGGGUGUCAGAGCUGUGACAAGUCAGAGACAGCUGAAAUUAAAUGAAAGUAAAUUGGUGAGCACGUCAAAAAUAGCUGACACGUCAGGUGUAAUAACCAAUCAAAACAUAAAGUCAACUUGGAGUUCAAGGAAAGGGAAAGGACAAAAUAGAAAGUCAAGUGCUGUUAUUUCAGAAUCAGACACGACAAUCUGUGAUAAAUGUUUUGCUGUGUAUCCCAGCCAUGAUAUUGGCACCCACCAAGUAUUCUGCUCUCCACCUUCAGCUGAAUAUAGGAACGCCAAUAGUUUCACCAAUGAAGAAUUUCUCCUUGAUGACAGAGUUGACUAUCUUGAAUGUCCCAUUUGCUUAGAGAGAUAUCCCCAGGAUAUAUUACCAGUCCAUGCCAGCGAGUGUGGACUGUAGUUCAUUGUAUUUGAGACAUUUUGGUUUCAAGAGUAAACAUUGUUGUAAAAACUUGUAUGUGAGACAUUUUGGUUUCAAGAGUAAACAUUGUUUUAGAAAUUUA